AUGAGUGCCAUUUUCCGUCGUGCCUACACCACCAAGACUCUUAUCCCUCCUAAUGUAGCUGCUGCUACCAGACUUUCUGGUUCUGCCAAGGAUGGUCAAAUCUCUCAAUUGGUCAGCUUCUACAAGAAAUUGCCCAAGGGUACCGUUGAAGCUGCCAAGCCUUCUGGACCUUGGGGUCGUUAUAAGGCCCGUUACAUUGAUGGUGAGAACGCCUCUGUUACUCCUUUGAUUCACCUCAUCUUCGGUGUCUUUGCUAUUGGUUACACUAUCGACUAUCACUUCCACUUGAAGCACCACAAGAACGUUGAACACCAUUAA